AUGUUACAACAAAUGGAAACGGAUAUUUAUUUUCUUGGUAGACAUUAUCUGUGUGGUAUUGCCUCACAAAUAUUAGCCUAUGAUCAUCAGCAUCUUAUCCAAGGACAAAUUCUAACUGGAUCAUUUCUUUUACGAAAAUAUCGUAAUUCAACAACAUAUCCUGUUUCUACUUUGGCACUUUUUGAUGAACUUGAUGGAUUAUGUGUAACUCGAAUAACGGAAUCAUUUUAUUUCUAUUCAAAAUAUCCUCAUUUUACAAUUGUUGUAAAGGGAAUGAAUCAUAUGCAAACAGCGUCUGGUAAACCACCAUCACAUAUUGAGAAAAACGAUCUUGUAACGGAAAUUAGUGAUACUGACGCUCAUGAACAAUUAGCAUCGAUCAUCAAUGCACUUCAUGUUGUCUAUGAAAUACCAGAUCAAUUUCCUCAUCUAUUUAAUAAUUGUUCAUCAUAUUCAUGUAUAUUGCAAUUAGAAACUGUUACACAAAAUAUUUAUGAUUCAACGGAUACAUUCGACACCGGUUUCUCUUAUAUAUCAGCAGAUGAAAUGAGAAUUAAAAUGAUGUCAAGACAAUCGAUCUUAGAAGCAAGUCAAAUGAAAACAUAUAAUUUCAAUGAAAUUGAUGGUAGUUCAUUUCGUUAUCAAUCAAAAGGUAGACAACUGGUAAUAGAUGAAGAUGAUAUAGUGACUACGAGACCAUCAUGGAUAUUAGGUUCAUUAAAAUAUGUGCCUGGAGUUGACAGUCAAGGAAAACCUAUUCUCACCAUCAAAUCAUCAACGUUGAAAUUACCAAGCGAUUAUCCAAUAAAAAGUUUGGCGGGCAUUCAUUAUUGUAAAGUUUUAAGUUCAGCUCGCGUAAUCGAAUGA